AUGUCCGCCCAUACGAUCAAUUCACAACUUCCACGACGGACCUCGCGAAGCUCAGGAACUCAACUGCCUCGUUCCUCACGCGUCGAAAAGCCAAAGAGCCACCACAACAGUCCAAGGACCAUAGAGAGGAGGAAAACAACAACAGAGCCCAAGCUCUAUGCAACACUUGAUGACCAUUAUAAGAUGAUGUUUGGAAUCGAGGAUUCAGAAGAGGAGGUCGAAGAGCGUCCGCAGCCAACUAGGCCUGUAAGCUGGCACCCAUCGUCCAACCAGUGGUUCGCAGCGCAUUCGUCAGCACAUGUAGCGUCGCCUUCACAACAAGAAUGGUCCUGGCACGCACCGUCAAGAAACUCUAGUCAUGGAUCUGAGUUCUAUUCUCUUUCGACACGCAAUUCUAUGUACGAGUCGAGCACGAACUGCCAAAGAUAUCCGGCCGGAUAUGGAACGCUUCGAAGGUCAGAUGAGUCUGCCUACAGCUGGCAGGGCGCUUCUCAACAUACGCAAUCCUACGCUCAAUCGGCUCUCAACACCCCCACUACCGAAUCCCUUCCCUGGUACUUGCAACAGUGGGCUCAGAAGAACCAAACACACUCAUUCAGGGACUCUGCAGAAUUCUUGCCCAUCCAGCACCCCUCGGAUCAAGAUGACCAGAUGGAUGAGGAGGAUGAUGGCAAAGAGCUGGUUGGCAUGGGUCUUUACGACGCUCCGGACCCGACUUCGAACUGGGGCGGUCUGGUAGAAGCUACUGGCAAAGGUCUUAAGCUGGAGGAGACUUGGCAACCACCAGAGACUGAGGAGGAGGAUGACGACGACGCAAGCUCGGUGGGCAGUAUGGACGAACCUUCCCCACCGCUUCCGGCAACCAAUCAGCAAUGCCAGCAACUGCAGCUUCCGGUCCACGUCAAAGCUCAGACACCCGGCAGCAUGGAGGGCCAGAGCUUCUUUUUCGACGACGAUGAGACAGUAUCGAAGGAAUGGUGGUUCCAACAGCUGAAGCAGCCCAACGUACCAGUGCAGGACGCUGGACUGGGAUAUGGCUGGCUGCGUUGA